UGAUGCUGCCUAAAUACCGCAUUUUCCCCAAUUUGUUUCCUAAACCUAAUGUUCAAGUUCAACACAUAAACACCAAUAUUAGUGUUAAGUGUAAUCACAUUCUCUCUUUUCCAAGCUUUUCUCUCAUUAAAAAUAGCCAUCACGUUGACCUCGCUCACUUUUUGCCUUUAAAGCACUCCUUCCCCUCAACCCUUUCUUCUUUUUCCUCCUUUCCCCUUUGAUCUUCUCUCCAUAGCCUUGUCUGCAAACAGAAAGAAACCCCGUUGAAUAAUGCGUGCUUGAAUGUCCAGAGACGGGGAAAGAUCGGAUGAGAUAGCAAAGAAGAUCAGGAGAGAGAAGGCCGCGACUUGUUGUGAUGAGAUGGGAAGAAGGCACAUGAUGUUGAGCCCAAGCAGCACCGGGACGCUCAACACCGUCACGCCGUGCGCGGCGUGCAAGCUUUUGAGGAGGCGAUGUGCGGAGGAGUGCCCUUUCUCCCCUUAUUUCUCCCCACACGAGCCUCAGAAAUUCGCCGCUGUUCACAGAGUCUUCGGUGCAAGUAACGUCUCCAAGAUGCUCACGGAGGUACCGGAGAGCCAAAGAGCCGAUACCGCAAACAGUUUGGUCUACGAGGCAAAUCUGAGGCUAAGAGACCCAGUUUACGGAUGCAUGGGUGCAAUCUCGGCUUUGCAACAGCAGAUCCAAACUCUGCAGGCCGAACUCAACGCUGUAAGAAAUGAGAUACUGAGAUUCAAAUACAGACAACCCGCCACUAACAAUCAUAUGCAAUCCGAUGUCGUUGUUCCUCAUUCUAGUGCUGCUACCGCUGCUUUGGUUGUCUCUGUUGUUCCUCCUCCAACCCUUUCUUCGUCUUCUACCGCUGCCGCACCUCCCGACCCCUCCCCUCCUCCUCUGCCGCCCCCAUCUUUGGUCGUUCCCUCAUCUUCUUCCUCCUCCUCUUCCACUUCUUCUCUAUUCACCACCCCGACCAGCACCACCACCUAUAGCUCCAUCUCUAGCGACACUGCUAAUGUUCAUUACUUUGAGCAAAUCUGAUCUCAGAACCUUUUUUGACCACUUUUAGCAUCCAUACAGAAGCUAUUGAACUCGAUUAUUGGACUUGCGCCUGUUUUCAUUAUAUACAAGGUUUAGAAGAGCCACUUCAUCCUAGAGAUUUCUUUGCAGCUCCUGUAUUAUGAUCUGAUGUAGAUUCCCGAGUGGCUUUAAUCUCUUUGUCUAUGAUUGAUCAUGUCGAGCAUGAUGGUACCUCCAGUGAGAAAUCAUAUUGUUAUGCUGACUUUUGUCCCACGUCAUAUCAAGUUUACAGACAAGGAAUUUCAUGAGCAUAGUAGAGACGUUCUGAGUCGCAUUUAUAACGAUCACAAUUUGCACAUAUUCUCAUGUAUGAUUCAGGACCUUGGCAAUAAACUUUUAGUUC